AUGCUGACGACCGGAUUUCCGAAUCCAUUUCGGCCUGUUGAUGCGCCAGGUCUGGCGAGAUCGAGUCUGCCCCUCCCCUCCGUCCGAGAGGGGACCGGAAAACCGAACAACUGCACUAUGCUGGGAUUGACCUUUUUAAUCACUUCAACGUCGCACAAACACACACACGCACGCCCAGUUGUAUUUGAAACGGAAGUGAGAUCAAAUAUUGAAUAA